UAACGCUACAUUACUAAUCUUUUUCGAAAUUGUAGACGUAUUCGUUAAUUCGAAUAGUGUUUAUUUUGCGGGUCAAUCAAGCAGCGCGUGAGGCGGAUUAAGGGGCGGGUCCUCGCGCUGUAGCAGCCUCCAGUUUAAAUCAGUUCAUUUAUUGAGGCUGUAGCUGCGGUUCUUUCUGCGUCUUCGGCUUAUCGGCCUUGUUUCUGUUCUCAAAUCGGUGUGGGUUCGACUCCCACAUGUCGGCUGGUCCCGCCGUCACCGUGACGUCCUGAUGCCCGGCGUGCGGCUCAGGUAGGGCGGGUUAUUAUGGUAGAUAACGGGAGGCUCGUUCCUCGGGAUCUGAAGACCGAGCUCCUGGUCUGAGGUCGGUUCUCCUGCCGCGCUCCUCAUCGAUUAACGGCCCCAAGGAGAGAGAAGAACCACGAAGUGAGAAGAAACCAUAAGAGAGAGGAGAGGAACCCCGAAGUGCGUAGUGAUGCUGCGGUGAGCGCACAGAGAGACUUCAGUAAAAUCAGAGUGUCAGCAUCGCGAAUCAUCACUGACUAUCGUUCACUGAACGCGGGCCGUGAGGAGACCUGACGGGUUUGUCUUAUUGAUAGAUCGACUGCUCGGGACCGAGAGACCCCUCAGCCCGCACAAUGAUCCCCGGGAUGCCCGCCACCAUGAUCCCAGCCUCCGAGGCUGCCAAGAUCUACCAGACAAACUACGUGCGCAACUCCCGUGCGAUCGGGGUCCUGUGGGCGAUCUCUACGAUGAUCUUCGCCAUCGUGAACGUGGUGUGCUUCAUCACGCCCUACUGGAUCGGGGACGGCGCGGACAGCCCGCAGUCCGGGUACUUCGGCCUGUUCCACUACUGCAUCGGGAACGGCAUCACCCGGGAGCUGACCUGCCAGGGGAGCUUCACGGAGCUCCAGACCAUCCCGUCAGGGGCGUUCAAGGCCGCGUCCUUCUUCAUCGGGGGGUCCAUGAUGCUGGUGGUGAGCUGCAUCGGCUGCUUCCUGCUCUUCUUCUUCUGCCGCACGGGCACGGUAUACAAGAUCUGCGGCUGGAUGCAGCUGGCGGCAGGUACCUGUCUGAUCCUGGGCUGCAUGAUCUACCCCGACGGCUGGGACAGCGACGAGGUGAAGCGGAUGUGCGGCGAGCAGACGGAUAAGUACACCCUGGGGGCGUGCUCCGUGCGCUGGGCCUACAUCCUGGCCAUCAUGGGCAUCAUGGACGCCCUCAUCCUCGCCUUCCUCGCCUUCGUGCUGGGAAACCGCCAGGACAGCCUCAUGUCCGAGGACCUGCUGGGAGAGAAGAGCGGGAACAAGGCCAUAUGACCGGUGGAACACCUUCUCCCAGGUGUUCCCCACUGGCAGGACGACACCUUGGGUCCUGACCCGACCUCGUUCUACUCAGUCCAUGUUGAGCCAGGAGGAGACCCGCCGGCAGGACUUGAAGAGCAUGUAUUGAAAGCACUUCAGGACCGCCAACCUUGUUAAAUAUCUUUCUUCGUCUUAGCACUCACCAGCCUCACCUUGACUCUGGUUUUAAGCUGCAGUUCAGGAGCUCAAAAAAUGCACAAAGAAAUAAAGCAACUAGCUGCUACCUAAAACUUUAUGCUGUACAGGGGAAACAAACAGAACAAUGUUUCUCAAACCGUAGUGUGGAAACACAGGAUAGAGUUUCUUAUCUUCGUCUCUUAAGUUGUGUUGUGAACAUUUUUUCUUUCGGGGGCUAAACAACACCUGAUUGGUUCUCUGCCCCUGUCUGUCAUGAAACCUGCACCCCAACAGCAUCCAGAUGCUGGCUGAAACACCGUGAACAUGUAGUUAAGCUGAUGAGGUUGGUCUGCUGGGACAGAGCGAUUGGCUUAUCGUCCUCAAGGAUCGCUGCAGAUAUUGGACCAGAAUAUUGGAAGUCGGAACAUUUGUCAUGGGUAUGAAUUGUAGAUCUUGUCUAUACAGCUUCAUUUAGAUAAGUUCCCAUGUCCUCUUGACUUCACAACGUUCACACACCAACAACACGCACCAAGAUACGGUCUGUCACAGUACUGCCAUAGCAUCAUCUAAGAGGGAUUUAUUGAGAGGCUCUUCAGCAGAAAACUAGUUUCCCUGAGAUAACAGAAUCCAUCCUCAGUUAAUCCCUGUAUAGGAACUAAGGACGGACCCAGAUCUACAGGGGGUCAGAGGUCAACGAGGUCAGAGCUCAAUGGACAUUCAGGUUUUAACGUCUCCGCCGUCCACUCUGUGGAAGUUGACCUCGUCAACAGAGAAUCUUGACAGAGAGGACACUGCAGUGUGUUCGGCUUACAGAUGUUGUCCACACUGGAGAUGCAGUGAUUCCACUGCCGGGUCUGUAUAUAUUGACAUGUGUACAUUUUACAUUGUAACUACUGAUUAAAGAUUAAAUUGAAUAAAAACUGAAACUCCUACGUCUUU